CGCCUUACAGCUGUAUGUUCCAUGGCUCAGCACAGCUUUCUGUUCCCUGGCUGCACAGUCUCGACUUCUCAAACUUCCACCGUCCUCAUCUUCGGGAGAUUGGUCGGCGAGAUUCGCCGUUUUGUGAUCUUUUCCUCACCUUCGUGUUUUCGGCAUCAGUUCCAAGAUGUGAAUCUCGCCGACCACUCUCCCGAUAUAGCUCAAGAUUUAGACUUUGGCCUAAAAGGCCAGUUUUUCCGAAGGCGGGGGCAGAAGCUUCUGGAUUCACAAACCAUGACCAUGUUUAUUGAAGGCGAGAGGUGUGGCAACGGCGCAACGCACAGUGGUCGAGUGCCUCAUAAAACUCAGUGGCCAUCCUCAACAUCGCAUCUGAAUUGAACCUCAAAGUCGAACCUCUUCUACCGCUUUUGAUUUCUCUUGCAAAAUCGGUUUAUAAUGGAUCCGACUAGUCCGACUAGUCCGACUAGUCCGACGGUUGAAGACCCUGAAGCUGGUACUGGCGGCGCAGACUUCAACCCGGCCGACCUCGCCAAAGAGGCAGCCAAGCAGAAAGACAUGAAGUGGUAUCAGAAAAUCCGCCUGCCCUUGUGGCUCGUGCAAUCUGCUAUUAUUAUCAUGAUUCUGACAGUCGUUAUUGUCCCGUCAUCUACGAUUUUCAUCACCAACGCCUACUCGAACAGCGAGGAUAGCGCGGGAGUGAUGGCAAUGCUGACUUUGAAAGCCGCAAAGGAAGGCUUGGUGACUACCACCAACAAUUACCGUCAACUUGGUCUAAACUUUGGCUUGAAGACCACGACCACUUCGGUCGUUUCAACCGCGGCUCAACCUCGCAAUCUGACGCUGACGCCACUGGUCGGGAGCGACUUCUUGAAGGAUUUCAUUCGUCUUAGCUUUGAUAACCCGGAUGUGGCAACAAUCACAUGCUUGGUAAACACGGGAGCCCCCGGCUCGACUCCCGGGUUCGGCAACGCCAUUUUCGCCGUCAGCAAAUGGAGCCUUGCAUCGGAGAUGCCCAUCAAUGACGGGCCCUUUGGCACCCUUGCCGAUUUGCAAUCAUUGCUCCCGCUCGGUGCAUAUUGGACUUUCAACCAUAUGGAGAGAACAGAUCGUAACGUUUAUUACAAGAACUCUGUCGAUCAGAACGGCGUGAAACUAUCUGCUCAAGCGGUGAAUAUUCUCAUGGAGGGUUACACCCAAGAUUUCUGGGAUAAAACAAAGAACAUCACGAACUUCUUGAAAGCGGCGCGGGUUUCGGAACUCCUCAAUAACAUCUGGACAUAUACCGGGGAUCCGAUUUACAACGCUAGCGCCGAUCCUUUCUAUAUGGACCUGGUGUCAAGCACACCUCGGGCGCAAGGGAAGACUAAGUGGAAUUACUCCAAUGUAUACGGCGCGAUUUUGGCAAUGAGUGCGGUGAACAUUUAUGGCAGCAGCCCCACGCCGACCCAUCAAUGUCAAGUUGGCGGAUUGAUGUUCAUAUCUCUGGAGCCCUACAUUCAACGACUGCUUCCCUCAAAGAACUCGUUUAUCUUCAUUUUUGAUGCGAAAGGGACUCCCCCGUUUAAGGCGGGAACUCUGAUUGCAUCAUCGAUUCCGAACGCGGCUGUCAGUCAGAAUCGAAUGUUAGCCCCCACGUCAGUGUACGCCAUCGAUGAAACCUGGCACCCGGGGAUCGCCGAAGUCGGCAAGUAUCUCAAGGCCAAAGGUCUGUUCAACGUCGUGGGACCUGAGGUCAUGAAAGCCCGCCUGGACGACGGACAGGACUGGUACAUCGCGGCGGAGCAGAUCAGCAUCGACGAUGCCGGCAGCAAAUGGACAGUCGUGAUCGCCUUUCCGCGAAGCGACUUCUUUGCCGCGAUCGACAAAUCCAUUAUCAAAAGCAUUAUUGUCAUCGUGUGCCUGAGCUUUACUGCGCUGGUCUUCACCCUUGCUACCUCUGUGGCUUUUACUGUCCCGCUGAAGGCUCUUGGGUUGUAUAUGGGCGAGGUUACGCAAAUGAAGUUCAGAUUCUUGGAGGAUGGGACCAUCGAUUCCCGGAGCCUGAUUCGGGAGAUUGCUUCCUUGGAGACUGCGUUCGCCAUCAUGGUCAGGGCUUUCGCGGCUGGCAUCCGGAAAAACGCAUGUACGUUUCAUCUGUGCUUUGAGCUUGAUUCUCCUGGUUCACAGAGCCGAUCGUUCAAUCUCUCCCUGCAGCUCUCGUUAGCACCAAAACCAAGCGGCCCAGUGUGUCCCAGGCCGAAAGCGCAACCGGGUACCAACCCCGGAGGAACAUGGGCGCGCUGGCUGAGAAUAGGGAUGCUUGAUGACGGCGGUCGUGACGGCGCAUCGAGAGAAUAUAAGCUUCUUUGGGCAUGCGCCUACAGAAGUGGGAGUACAAUUUACGAUCCCAUACAUUAAGAUCCCAUACAUCAAAUAUAUGUAGCGCUUGCGGCGUUCUGAAUUUGGACCCAGAUUCGAAUCGUCGUUCAAUGCGAAACGCGUCAGUUCCAGUUUGGCG